AGAGCUUCAGUUCAUUGAGGAUUGGAAACAAAAGGAAAAAAAACGAAAAAGAAAAAAGAAAAAAGAAAAAUCGAAGUGAAGAAGCGGAAAGAGAGAUGGAGGCUCUCAGAGCUACGUACGGCUCCGAUUCCGAUGAUGGUGGCUCCUCUCCUCCAAUCCCCUGCCGCCACGGAGAUUCUCGCGAAGAUUCGAAAAAACCCCAAGCAUCCGAUCCGCUCCCGCCUCCUCCUCUCGACCUCCUCCGCCCCCCUAAUUUUGUAGAUUUUUCAUCAAUGACUCAAGGAAGCCGCGUCAGAAACUUUCCCCAUGUUGAAGGAAACUAUGCUCUUCAUGUAUUUAUUCCAGUUCUUAUACCUUCUAACGCUCGAAAACAAUUGGUACGGUUCAUGAAGAAACUUGCAUAUCUUGUGCCGAACCUUUAUGCUGUUGAUGCUGAUUACGCACUCGAUGAAUUAUGCAAAGAUGAUCAGAAACUUGAACAAGUACUUCUAAGUAGAGAAUUCCACAUUAGCUUGGGAAGAACUGUUGCAAUUCAGGUGCAUCAAAUUGACUCCAUCGUGGCGAUGCUUCGUCAAAGGUUCCAGUCUCAGAGACGGUUAGGGCACUGGAUAAUAUUCAAUAAGCUGGACUUUUUUAUCAAUGAUGAUCGUACACGCUCGUUUCUAUCGUUCGAAGUUACAGGGACAGGUCUACCCGAGAUAAGUAAGAAGAUUGAUAUCGUCAAUGAAAUCUAUAGACUGCAUGGUCUCCCUGAGUUUUAUAAGGAUCCGCGGCCGCACAUAUCAUUGGUGUGGGCGUUAGGAGAUAUCAGCUCCAAGCUAAAGCAAGCAAUUGAGGAACUUAAUGGAUCUCAGAAUAAUGCGAGCUCGUCACAGAUGUACACCUUUAAAUGCAUGUUUGAUGGCAUUGCAUGCAAAAUUGGUAAAAAGACCUAUAGCAUCUGUAAACUUGCAGAUUGAGAGUAGCUUUUCAUGUGUAACAUGCAAGUAGCAGUAAUCUAUUCGAAAUUAAGAUGUGUAAAUUUUUAUCCCGGGUGAGAAUUCAUAAGUUAAUCAGGAAAAAAAAAAUAGAAAAUUGAGAAUCCAACCACAGCACUUUUUCAGCUUGAAGAGCAAAUCUCUUUUUUUGACACUAUCCGUGGAUCAAUGUUGGGAUUUUUUCUCUUUUUUUUCUCCCUUACUGGUCUUCUGAUGUAUGGUGGUGGAUCAUGGCCUGCAUUAGGUAGUGAGUUAAUUUGUAAUGCUGAUGGAAUCAACAAUCCUCUGUAGUAUCGUGCAGUUUCGUAUUAUCUCAUAAAGCAAUGCUUCUGACGAGAAAAUUCAAUUAGUUUCAA